AUGCCAGCUCCCUACAGCAGCAGCAAUCGCAGCUUCAACAUCGGCGGCUACUGCAGGUGUGCCGUUCCAUGUGAUACCGGUGAGGCAGUGUUGCUGCAGCAGCUGCAGCAUCAGCAGCAGCAGCUGCUGCUACGGCAGCAGCAGCAGCUCAACAACCAGGGCGAUGCUGCAGCAGCAGCAGCAGCAGCAGGAGCUGCAGCCGUAGCAGGAUUAGAGGCGAUUGAGUUGCUGCUGAGAGAUUUAGAACUGCAAUUGCAGCUGUGGGGACAGCAGCAGCAGCAGCAGCAGCAGCAACAGCCCAGCAGCAGCAUCAACAGUAGAAGCAUCAGCAGCUACAGCAAUAGCGGCGAUCUCGCGAAGGCGAUAGCAGCGGCAAAGCGGUUGACAGGAGCAGCAGCAACAACCACAACAGACGCAGCAGCUACUGCAGCAACAGCAGCAGCAGCUGCAGCAACAGCAGCAGAAGCAGCAAUGGGGGCCAAGGGGCCCAAGAAGCAUGGACAGCAGAAACAAGGGAGAAGGAAGAAGCAGGAUCUGCUGCAGCAGCAGCAAACUGCUGCAGCAUGCCGCCAGAAGCCACCAGCAGCCUUCGCAGCAGCAGCAGCAGCAGCCAGUAGCAACAGCAAGAACAGCAGCAAGACUAAUAACAGCAGCAGCAACAGCAGCAGCAACAACAGCAGCAGCAGCAGAAGCGCCAAACAAGAGAUUGAUGAUGUGUUCGCUCCCCUCAAAUCAGCCAAGAAGCUGUUGCAGGAGCAACAGCAGCAGCAGCAACAGCGGCAGCAGCAGCAACAACAACAACGACAGCAGCAACAGAAACUGAAACAGCAAAGGAAGAAAGAAAGAAGACUGCUGCAGCAAGCAGCAGCAACAGCAGCAACUCCCAGAAAAAGGACAGCGGAUGGACUCCCCAUUUACUCCCUAGAGGAGUUGAAAAUUGCUGCUGCAGCUGCUGCAGCGCAAACUGCAUUCUCCAGCUCAACACCAACGUGCAGUACGCAGCAGCUGCAGCAGCAGCAGAACCAACAACAACAGCAGCAGAAGCAACAACAACAGCAGCAGAAGCAACAACAACAGCAGCAGCAGCAGAAGCAACAGCAACAGCAGUAG